AUGGAGUGGCUCUUUGGUCGCAAGAAGACGCCCGAGGAGCUGUUGCGCGAGAACCAGCGCAUGCUCAAGAAGGCCAUGCGUGAGCUGGAUCGCGAACGCACCGCGCUCGAGCGACAGGAAGCCAAGACCUUGAUUGACAUUAAAAAGGCUGCCAAGGCGGGACAGGUGGAGGCCAGCAAGAUCAUGGCCAAGGAUGUCGUUCGCACUCGACGUUACGUGAAGAAGAUGAUCAUGAUGAAGACUCAGAUUCAGGCUGUAUCCUUGAAGAUUCAGACCCUGAAAUCUACCAAUUCGAUGGCUCAAGCCAUGAAGGGCGUCACCAAGGCCAUGGGUCGCAUGAAUGCCCAAAUGAACUUGCCAGGAUUGCAGCAGAUUAUGAUGGAGUUUGAGAAACAGUCGGAGAUGAUGGAUAUGAAGCAAGAGAUCAUGGAUGACACGGUGGACGAGGUCUUAGGCGAUGAGGAGGAUGAUGAGGAGAGCGAGCAACUGGUCAACCAGGUUCUAGAUGAACUCGGCUUGAACCUGACGGGUGAGAUGGCAUCGGCACCU